UACAAGUUUUCUCCAAGAUACUGCAAAUCUAGUAGCUAAGAGAGAUGGAAGUUCAAAUCAUUUCAAGAGAGUUGAUAAAGCCAUCUUCCCCAACAGUUCAACACAAAAGACCCUAUAAACUCACCCUUUUAGACCAACUUACUCCUACAACAUAUUCUCCACUGAUUUUGUUCUACCCCAUGAAUAAUAUAUCUACUACUCUUCAAACCUUAACCCACUUAAAAGAAUCUCUAUCUCAAACCCUAAAUCUGUACUACCCUUUUUCUGGAAGACCAACUUGUGAUAACCUCUAUAUCAAUCGUUUCAACGAAGGAGUUCCAUUCUUUGAAGCUAAAGUGAAUUGUUCCAUGUCUGAGUUUCUCAAGCUCCAUCAAACGGAGUUAUUAAACAGUUUUCUUCCAUGCAACCCCUUUACCAAGGAAGUAUCCAUUGAAAUACCCAUAAUAGCCUUCCAAGUAAGCAUGUUCACUUGCGGUGGAAUAACAUUGGGUUUGAGCAUGUCACAUAAGCUAAUAGAUGCCGUAACAGCUUCUGCUUUCAUGUCUACUUGGACUUCUUUACAUCGUCGGGAUUUUAACGGCGUUAUAGCGCCAUAUCUCCACGAACCAUCACUAUUUUUCCCUUCACGAAUUUCAUUUCCUCAAGGCCAUUUAUCUCUAAUGGAGAGUUUAUGGUUCACCGAAGCUAAUUACAUUACAAAAAGAUUUUCUUUUAAUCCUAAAGCCAUAGCUACUCUAAAAACUAUGGCAAAAGGCGACAGAAAAAAUAAUGUAGAUCAACCAACCCGAAUUGAAACGCUUUCAUGUUUCAUUUGGAAAUAUUAUAUGCAAGCAUCAUCAAUGGUGGAAUCAAGUAGAGGAAGUGAAUCUAGAACAUCGAUUUUAGUUGAAGCAGUAGAUCUACGGAAGAAAACAAAGCCACCAAUGCAUAAUGGGUCCAUUGGAAACUUAUUUUGGUGGGCAGUAGCAGUUGCAGAUCCUAAUGAUAAAAAAAAUACAGAGUUACAUGAACUCGCAAGUUUAUUAAGUGAAUCUAUUGGGGUAUAUAAAACUGAGUAUACACAUAGUUUACAAGGCGAUAAUGGGUAUGAGACUAUGUCAGAGUACUGUGAGCAAUUAAGUAAGUUGUUUUCUUCAGAAAAACCUGAUAUUUUUGCCUUUACAAGCUGGUGUAAUAUGUCAUUUACAAAGCCAGAUUUUGGGUGGGGAGAGCCUUAUUGGGUUGGCGUUAUGGGAAAAGCAGGAGCUGCAUUUAGAAACUUUACUGUUUUUGUUGAUGCAAAGGGUGGUAAAGGGAUUGAAGCUUGGAUUACUUUAGAUCAUGAAAGAAUGGAGAUUCUUCAACGUAAUCCUGAGUUCUUGGCGUUUGCUUCUCCGAAUCCAAGGAUAUCUAGUCUGUGAUCUUUAUGUCAGGUAUGAAUGUAUAUGUGCUAAUAUUUUCUAACUA